GGAUAAGAUCGACCACAUACCCUCGUAAACACCUAAUAGCUUUGGGCUGUGACGGUGCUGGCCAGCAGGUGCUCGCCAUGGAGUCGAUCCGGGCGGCGGGCAGUGCCCCGUACUACCCGGCCGUCUCAGUGGAGCUGGAGCGCCAGUCGGGCUCGCCGUACGGUCCGCACGAGCCGCCGCCGCCGCCGCCGCCGCCGGUCACGUACGCGCCGGCCACGGUCCAGCUGGGCCAGCAGGAGGCCUUCCUGCGCGCCGGACACUACACCGUCGUCUCGGCCCGACAUGACGAGCUCGUGCACCACGUCGCCGAGCGGGACGGUGAGCCAACGUUCUGCGUGCAGGCGGUGGCGCCGUUCGUUGCGUCUGGCGCCGAGCUGGAGAAGGUGGCGCCUCACGAGCAGCAGUACCUGAUCCCCGAGCUGGGUGGCGCGCCCUACCAGCUCAGCGCCGCCGGCGACGUCUACAAACUGGUGGUGCGCGACGGCAAGCCAGAGGAGGUGGGCGCCGAGCAGCUGGCGGCGCAGUACGGCCAGCUGCAGCUGCCCGAGCCGCUGGCUGCCGCGCCCCAGCUGCCAGACAAGCAGGCACCGCCAGAGUCCCAGCAAGACGCGCAGCAGCACCAGCAACAGCAACAACAGCAGCAACAGCACUGUCUAGUGUGCGACCUGCGGAUGGCCAACCACACGGCGCUGGACAUUUUCAACAACACGACCCACCAGACGAGCACCACGUACGCCAUCAAGCUGCGCCAGGUGACUGGGCACCGCGCCAACUUCACCUAUCACUCGGAGGUACUGUGCGAGUCGUGUGCGUCGCUACUCAACGUGGUCGACUCGUUCGAGGCGCGCCUGCGCGAGAUCAAAACGCGUCUCGAGGACACGCGCGCCGAGGUUCAGACCAAGUUUGGACGCACCUGCGCCAGGUACGACGACGGUGAGGCGACGGCGGUGCAGUCGCCGCCGCCGGAGGCGCCUCAGCCGCCGGCGCCGGCGCCGGCCGCCGAGGCUGAGAAGGCGGCUGUCGCCCGGGGUCGAAAGCGGCGCGCCGUCGCCGACGAGCAGCCUCAGCAGCCGAGGAAGAAGGCCCGCGCUAAGACGGCGGCGCGCGACGACAACUACAAGGACAGCUCGAGACCGACUGACGCUGAGGAAGCUCCUGUGACGCGCCGGCGGCCGGCCCGCAAGGCCGUGGACAGGACCCGCCAGCUGAUCGAGUCGGACGAGGAGCCGGAGCCGGACCCGGCCGCCUACCUCGAGCUGGCGGACGCCAUGAAGCUGGAGGACGAGGCCGAGGCGGAGGAGGAGGACGCGCUGCCGCCGCACGCCGCCGAGCUCGCCGAGACGCGACCGAUCCGCGUGGCCAACAUGUGCCCCGACUGCGGCCGGCUCUUCAUCAACCCGAUGGUGCUGCGCGUCCACCAGCUGGCGCACAUGCCGGCGCCACCGCCGCCGCCGCCGCAGCCGACGGCCGCCGACUUUAUCCCCGUGCUGGAGCUGGACAGCUACGGCAGCGGCGCCGAUGACGUGCUGGCGCAAGCCGUGCAGCAGAUGAACAGUCCGGCGGGGCCGGGUAGCCCGACGCCGCCGCCGGCGCCGCCGGCCGCCGACGAGGAGGCGCCCGACGAGGAGGAGGCCGCGGCAGCCGCUGCCGCCGAGGAGGCAGCCGCUGCCGACGGCGUGCAGGACGUCUACAAGUGCGACUCGUGCCCGGCCCUCUUCAAAACGGUGCAGGGCUUGCAGAAGCACCACCGCAAGGUGCACUCGUUGUCGGUGUGGCGCUGCUUCGUCUGCUGGCAGGCGGUGGACAGCCUGCGCCGGCUCAAGCGACACGUGGCCACGCAUGGCGAGAAGAACAGCUGCGCCGUCUGCCUGCAGCCGUUCGACUCCAAGAUGCUGCUCAAGCUACACGUGACGCGCAAACACCCGGAGACGCAGACCAAGAACAACUACUGCGAACUGUGUAACAAGCACUUCGACAACCAGGGCUUCCUGGAGCACGCGCGCGGCGUGCAUGGCGUGGGCGGCGACCCGGCGCGCCGCUUCAAGUGUGCCCAGUGCGGUAAGGUGCUGCUGAACAGCGUGUGCUACCUGCGCCAUGUCAAGGUGCACAAGAAGGAUUUCAACUGCCAGUACUGCGGCAAGUCGUUCAACAGCCGCACCAACCUGGACAACCACGAGCGCACGCACACGGGCGAGAAGCCCUACUUCUGCCCCGACUGCGAGCGCACGUUCACGUCCAAGCAAGUGCGCGACAUCCACAUCCGCACGUUCCACCGGCAGAACCCGUACGCAUGCAAGCGGUGCAACCGGCGCUGCGAGUCGAAGGCGUCGUUCAUCCGGCACAUGCGCUCGCACGCCGGCGUCACGCCGUUCGAGUGCACCGUCUGCUGCAAGAAGAUGACGACCGAGUACUCUCUGAAGAUGCAUAUCCGCGCCAUCCACGACCGCAAGCUGCCGUUCAAGUGCGACGUCUGCCAGAAGGCGUUCCCGUACAAGUCAUCGCUGACGCUACAUAUGAACACGCACUCGGGCGACAAGCUGCACAUCUGCGACAUGUGCGGCAAAUGCUUCGCGUCACGCGGCUCGCUGCGCACGCACAUGCACACGCACAGUGCCGACAAGCCGUACAAGUGCGAGUGGUGCGACCGCAGCUUCUCGCGCAAGGACCUGCUGGCCGGCCACAAGCUGCAGAUCCACGGCAUCCAGCCCGAGAUGAAGUAUUCGCGACUGAGCAAACACGGCGGCAGCUCGUCCGGUGACGGCGGCGAGGACCCGGCCCGGCGACGAACGCGCGUGCUCAACCGCUGUCCCGAGUGUCACGUGGUGCACGACAACCUGCACGCCUUCCGCGUCCACCUGGCAGCGCACGCCUCGCUCGCCGCCGACGUCGUGGCCGACCACAUGACGCUCAAGACGCACGAGCGUCUGGCGUACGCCUGCAGCAGGUGUCCAGCCACGUUCUUUGUGUACCGGGAGCAGCAGCGCCACGUGCGCUCGCGCCACCCGCGCUUCAGCCGCUGCCCAGCGUGCCUGACCCAGGUGGAGGAGACGCCCGGCCUAAUGGCGGCCCACCAGCAGACGCACGCGGCGUUCAACCGGUGCUCGUUCUGCCCGCUGGUGGCGCACACUCUGGAGGAGCUGAGCCGGCACACGGCCGCGCAGCACCCGCUGGCGCUGCGCAGCCUCUACUGCGAGCUGUGCCGCGCCUUCGUCGACGAGGCCGCCUUCGCCGGCCACGUGCGCGCCGAGCACGGCCACGUGCCCGAGCUGUGCGUGCAGUGCCGCGUGUGCGGCGACGUGCUGAAGCGACCGGCGUUGGCCGCCCACGUGCGCGUGCACGAGGCCAGCUUCCGCUGCCAGUACUGCAGCCGCUCGUUCCCCAGCAGCGGCACACUGGUGGUGCACGAGCGCACGCACACGGGCGAGCGGCCGUUCUCGUGCGCGCAGUGCUCCAAGCCGUACAUCUCGAAGGCCACGCUGGACGCGCACGUAGCGGCGUUCCACCGUGUGAACAAGUUCGAGUGCUCCGAGUGCGAGCGCACGUACCCGAGCGAGUCGCGUCUAAAGCGGCACCAGGUGACGCACGGCGACACCAAGCCGUUCACCUGCCAGGUCUGCCAGAAGGGCUUCAGCCUCGAGAACCACCUGAACCUGCACGUGCGCGCCAUCCACUUGGGCGAGACGCCGCACGAGUGUCACGUGUGUCACAAACGCUUCCCGUACAAGUCGUCGCUCAAAGACCACUUGCACGUGCACACGGGCGACAAGUCGUUCUGCUGUCAUACGUGCGGCAAGCGCUUCCGCACGGCCAAGAUCCUGCGCUCGCACUCGUACACGCACAGCAAGGAGAAGCCGUACAAGUGCGACGUGCGCCAGUGCGGCGCGAGCUUCUCGCGCAAGGACCUGCUGGCACGACACCGACUUACGGGGCACGGCAUUGCGCCGGCCGUGCAGUACAGCCGGCUGCAGGGCCGGCCGACAGCGCCGCCGCAGCCACCACCUCCCCCUCCUCCGGCGCCGCCGCCGCCGCCGCCGGCGCCCGUGCAGUACGUGCUGUACCAGGCGGCGCGGCCGCCGGAGCCGCCGGCUGGCUACGCGGACUGUGACGGCUCUGGAGGGAGCGGACCUUGAUCGGCGGCCAUUGCAGCCGUCCACGGCCGUCCGUCGGCUCCACCGUCCGCUGCGCCGCGCUCACGGCCUGCAGAAUAUCGCCCGUUGUGACGCGUGAUUCAGCUGCUCGACCUGCCGCCUGCGCCAUGCAUUAGCAUCUUUUUGGUACAAUGCGCUGCGAUUUGGUACGUUUGUUGUUUUGGUGGAGGUCGGUGGACAGAGGUGCUUCGCGCUGUUACAAGCGAUCACGUGAUCUAGUCCUUGGGUAUGUCCCGAGACACGCUGUUCGUGGAUCACCGUGUACGGAAGUUCGUGCCAUUGGUAUUCGUCACGAUGUCAUGCGGGGACUCUCCGGGGCAUGGGUUUCCUAUUGGAAGCCAUUCUCGCACUGAGCGGGUUGGGCGCCUGAGGAAUGCUCUGUAGCACCGCCGUCCAUCAGCCGUCAAUGUAUUUCGCUCAAGAAACGUGACGUAAUA